AUGUUUGCCUUAGAUCGCAAUAAAAGACUACGCAAAUGCUGGGAGAGUCUGGGUCGAGUAGUCACGUGGUUCAUGUGGUUAAUCGAUAACAGUGAAUAAUGGCUUGAAUCUCGCAAGACACUGACAUUCACUACAUCAACCCAGAAAACAGUUGCCAGGGUAACGAAGACAUCUCCACGAUGCUGCGCACAUUGUCUUUAAAAGAGCUCAAUCCGCACAUCAUCUGUGUGCUUUGCGGGGGGUACCUGGUGGAUGCGACAACCAUAAUAGAGUGCCUUCACUCAUUUUGUCGCUGCUGCAUUGUUCGUUACUUGGAGACGAGUUACCGCUGUCCAGUGUGUGACGCAGAAAUACACAAGACGAGACCUUUACUCAACAUCAGGGCAGAUAACGUGCUCCAAGACAUCGUGUACAAAGUUGUACCGGGAAUGUAUUUCGAGGAGAAAAAAAGACGGAAGGAAUGCGAAGAACAGUUAAAGAAAUCACGAAAUCCAGAGAAACCGGCCCAGGAAGUGUGUGAUACGAAAAACACUGAUAAGGAGAAAGAGCAAACAACCGUUGAACCGGAUAUCGAGGACCCCAUCUGCCUGACCCUGGAAUUCUACAAGCGAAGAAAGAAUACCAGUGAGCAACAGAUCUUUCCGACUCGUUACCUACGAUGUACUUCAUCUGUGACUGUCAGUGUCAUCAAGAAAUUCCUCACCAUCAAGUUUGGAAUCCCACCAACACAUAAGUCUGAGCUGAUUCGAUCAGAUGAGAUACUUGAUGACAAUCUGACUAUGAAGGAGCUGACGCGGAUCUAUGGGAUUUUCUCCAAGUCGCACUUGGAUCUGCAGUACUUAUUCAUGUCGGUGAAGGAUGACGAUUACGAGGCGGAGCAGGAGGCCAAGAGGCAAAAGCUCGCGCAUGCGGAGCGACAGCGUGAGCUGUAUUUAUUGUACCAGAAGCAGCAACAACGACGACGGGAACUAGAGAGAGAAGAACAAGGAAGCGAACAGCGCGAACUGGACACGAGCGGCUCACCGGCACAUGAGCUGGUUCAUAAACUUUCGAGCAAAAAGCGCAAACGUGUUUCGGGAGAUCAUCAAAAACCGUCUAAACACAAACCAGGAAAUACUGGGCUUACAACACAACCUGAAUGUACUCGGGUACCAACACAAGCGGGAGAUACUAGGGAAAACUGGGCCAAAAAUCAAUUGGAGGGGACUGGGGAAAUACAAAGACUUGAAGAAGAGACUGGGGCGAGACAACGAGUGGGAGAGACUGGGGCGAGACAAACAGGAGACACCGAGGAUGUGGGACUUGAACUUACUGACGGACAAAAAGAUGACGACAGUACACACGCCCUGGAAAUUUGGCCACUAGGAUGCAAUUCGGAAUCCUCUAGCACGAAAGAGAACAAUGCUUUGAUUGACAACAUUCCUGUUAGCCCGACGACAAACGGUAAUAGCGAGAGGUCACAAGAAAUGAACGAGAAGCGAUCAGCACAAGAGAAAGUGGAAGUAUAUUGAGCUGCAUGGCUUUAUUGUGGAUUCGGUUGUGUUGUAAAUAAAUGUGCACACUAUUGA